CAGUAUUUGUAUGCAGCAUGCCAUUCUAGCAAAGCUCCAAGGGUGAAGCUGACUGUUACUCCAUCAACGAAUAAAGAUGAGUUUCUUCAUUUUUCUGCUUUUCGGUGUAUUUCUCAAUACAGUGGUAUCUGAGAAUUCCAAGAGGAUCUUAAUACAUAAAAAUGUCACAGGUGUGCUGGGUAAAGAAGCUGUCUUCCAAUGUGAAUAUACCGGAAUGGAAAAUGUAUCAUAUUCCAACUGGUUUACAAAAACAGAUACAACAAAAGUCAAAGUGGUUGGCUAUAAUGAAAAGGUCUAUGUAAAUAACAAACGCUUUAGUUAUCCACAGUCUAACAAAAACCUCACUGUCAAGAUUACUAGAACUCAGCUUGAAGAUGAAAAUAUAUAUAUUUGUGCUUUCUCUACUGCUGCACAAGAACUGGAAGAAACACUUUAUCUCACGGUUUUAGUUCCCCCAGAUGUCUACAUAUCCAGCUCAGCACAAACAGAAAAUGAAGAUGAGUAUCAAUCUAUUGAAUGCACAGCCUUCAAUUCCAAACCAGCCGCUAAUAUCUCCUGGGUUGUAUCUGGCCUCAUUGCGGACAGCAUUACACAAACAAUAAAUAAACACCUAAAUGGCACAUUCACCCAGAGGAGUGUAUAUAGAUUCCCUACCUAUUUACAUGAAGGAAAGGAUAUAACUUGUAUGGUAGACCACCCAACAUUUACUGAGGUAAAGACGAUGAUGAUACAAGUGCCAUCCUACACUGUCCCAAACAUGACCGUUCAAAUAUAUACAACAAAUGAAAAUGAAACUGAAUAUAAAACUAUUGAAUGCACAGCAGCUAAAGGCAAACCAGCAGCAAAGAUCACAUGGGUCCUCCCUGAAAAUAAAAGUGGGGAAAUCAACUAUGGUAUUACAGCAGACAAUGGGACUGAGACAGUUACCAGCACAUAUCGAUUUCCAGCACAUCUGCAUGAGGGGCAGAGCAUCAAUUGUGUAAUAGAACACCCUAAACUUGCCAUCAAAGAGGUGAAAACCGUAUCACUUCCAGCUUAUUACCUUUCCUCUAUGCAUGUGCGGGACGGAGAAACUGUAAACAAACCAAAUCCCACUGAAAAUGAGGUCAUGUACAGAGUAGUGCUGAAAGUGGGUCAGCGUAAUCAAACCAUUGUGAUAGAAGUUGAAGGAAAUGUACCCCGCUACACACUGAAAUGCAUCAAACAGAAUGAUUCACUUCCACUUGACAUAAAAGUGGUGAAAAAUGGCAUUUUUUUUGAAGGACCAAUUAAGGAAAGUCAUUCGGGGAUUUUAAUUUGUAUUGCUUCCUACCAUGGCCAUCAACUGUCAGUCCCAGUGGAAAUACAGGUCUAUUCAGAAAAGCCAGUUCCACCCAACAUUAGCACUCUGGUGUUCGAUGAAGCAGAACAUAAAGUCAUUAGGUGCAUAGCAGCCAACAGCAAACCAGCAGCAAGGAUCACUUGGAAUCUGCCUGGAAACCUUCCUGGAGAUGUGAUGUAUAACAGCGCAUUUGAAAAUGGAACACACACGGUUAUUGGUGAUGUUAGCAUUUCAGCUGACUUGCCUGAGGAACACAAUAUCACUUGUGUGAUUGAACACCCAGCCUUUGAAGCUCCAGAGACCAGGAUAAUACACAUUCCUACAUCCUUAGUUCCCCCAAACAUUAGUUUUAUGGUAUUAGACGAAACAGAACAAAAAGUAAUUCAGUGCAUAGCAGCCAAUAGCAAACCAGCAGCAAGGAUCACCUGGAAUCUGCCUGGAAACCUUCCUAAAGAAAUAAUGUAUAACAGUACAUUUCGAAAUGGCACAUACACUGCAAUUAGUGCUUUUAGGCUUUCUGCAUACUUGCCUGAGGAGCACAAUGUCACUUGUGUGAUCGAACACCCAGCACUUCAUGAUCCAGAGACCAGGACAAUACACAUUCCUCCAUGCUUUCCACCCCAUAUUACCGUACAGAGUGUGACAGAAAACAAAAAAGACAAAGAAUACACAACUGUUGAAUGUGUAGCAACUACCAGCAAACCUGCUGCGAAUGUUACUUUGAUUUUACCAAGCAACAAUACUAGACAACUGCAAACUGCAAAACACAGUCACAAGAAUGGAACUGAGUCAAUGGCAUGUAAAUACACAUUUCCUUCUUACUUACAUUCUGGGCAAACCAUAACCUGUGUGGUAAAUCACCCAUCACUUGCUGACACAGUCAAGAGAAACAUAAGCAUUCCUUCAUACAAUCCAAAUAUUAUCAUUAAAAUUUUUUUGGCUACACCAAAAAACACACAAAAUAGAUUAGCUGUAUGCCAGUCCAUUGGGAGUCCAACUGGAAAAAUCUCUUGGGUCCUACCAAAGAAUAAUACUGGGAAUAUAACAUACAAAUAUGAAAAUGGAACAGGAAUGCUUACCAGUAUCUAUGAAUUUCCAUUUGCCCUACAUGAAGGGCAGAACAUAACUUGUGUUAUUAAUCAUGGAGAGCGUCUGGCUACAGAGAAAAGGAUAAUACACAUACCUCAGUACUAUAUUUCUUCCAUAAAAGUAUUACAUGAAAGUCGAAUGAAUGGCAAAGUAAUCCUGCAGAGGGGUCGUCCAAACCAGACAAUUGAACUGAAAGUGAAUGGCAAUGUACCACUGUACCGUUUAGAAUGUAGGAGGAUGCAUGGUGUGUCUCCUGUGAAACUGCUGGGAAAUGUACUGUUCUUUGAAGGGCCUUUUAAGGAAAGUCAGUCUGGAAUAUACAUCUGUGAGGCAUCGUACUACCAUCAUCGAGCUUCUGUUCAGAUUGAUGUUAGAAUUACCUCAGAAGACAGAUCCUGGGAGUAUAUCCUGAUAUGUUUUUCAGCAGCAACAGGACUCACCAUAAUUGCAACAGUUUUUAUCUGCAUCAUUAUCAAAGUCUGUAAAGAACCCAGUCAAGAUCAUCCUAAAUCUAAGAAUUCUUCCAGUAACAAUUCAGGAGAUUCUAUGGAACACCUCACCCGCAUCAUGCUUGAGCAAAAAUCACCUGCAUUACAAAAGAUGCAUGCAAAAGAGAAGCAAGAAGAAUAUACAGAACUUGUACAUUACUCAAUAGUCAUUGACCUGAAAACUUAUGUUUAAAAAAUAAUGUGAUGGUAUUGUACUUAUUAUGGAUAAGCCACUUUGGAGAAUAGUCAAAUGAAACGUGAGACAAGAACCAUAUAUGUGCAAUUUUUAAUAUAUAUUAUUAUUUGUUUAUUUAGCAGACGCCUUUAUCCAAGGCGACUUACAGAGACUAGGGUGUGUGAACUAUGCAUCAGCUGCAGAGUCACUUACAAUUACGUCUCACCUGAAAGACGGAGCACAAGGAGGUUAAGUGACUUGCUCAGGAUCACACAGUGAGUCAGUGGCUGAGGCUGGAUUUGAGCUGGGGACCUCCUAGUUACAAACCCUGUUCUUUAACCACUGGACCACACAGCCUCCUUGGCCUCCUUAUAUACUGUAUAUAUAAAGGAAAUUCCAAUGUUUCAUUAUAUGCACAUUUACCUUUCUGUAAACAAAAAUGAACUCUCAAAAAAAGAUUCAAAAGAUAACACAAUCUCAAAAACAUGUCCAGUAUGAUGGAAAAAGUUGCCUUUCUGGAUAUUUCCUAUCAGGAAGCUUGAAGUUUCAGUAAUAGAUUCAAAGAUAAAAAAUAAAAAAACAUCAGUUAAAAUCAGACUUUUUUCUACCAACAGAAACUUUUUAUUUUUUUAUAUUACCCUAUAUUAUUGCUUUAUUUUGUUUGUAGAAUAUAGUUUUAUCUAAGCUGGGUUUACGCCAGAACAAUAUUGUUGUUCAACUAGUUGCACAAAACGCAUCCACACAUUAUUUAUUGGGUGUAGUAGCCAACUGCAGAGAAGCUGGAUAACAGGCAUUCAGAAGAUGGUACAGGUCAAAGUGGCAUGUGCUGGUGCCUCAAAAAUGGAUACAUUAUAUUGUAAUGAAUGUAAUAUGACUGUAAAAGAGUCAGGCUGCUUAAGUGGAGCAGAAGGACAUGCCUUGACUGUGUGCAUAUAUACACCAAGAACCAUCACACAUUUCAGUUCACAAGAACUCGCUUUUUAAAUGCAACAUGAUGAGCUUCCAUGACCAAGCUUAUCACAUUUAGCAUAUUUGUUUAGUUCAUGCUUGAAAUCUUAGAUUUUUAUUUUUUGAUUUUUUUUCUUACAUUUGUUUUACUUCAAAAAAGGUAUACUGAAUUUGAUUUUACCUACAAUUAUCUUUUUUCUAUUAAAAAAUUCGGGGUUUGGGGGUCCCCGAGUUGCUCAGCUGGUAAAAGCAGGUGUGCUGGGUGAGUCAUAUAGAGAGGGGAGCGCAGGAUUGUUCUGGGUACGCAAAGUUGCAAACCUUCGAUAGACAUUCAACAGAGAACUUCGCAUUUGCUCUGGCGCUCCUGUGGGUUGGGGAGGUAAAAUCAAGAAGGACUGAGUCACCUCACAGCCCUACAGCAGCCCUAACUGACCAGGUACUGGGAUCGGAGGACACCCACUUCUCCUGAACUGCUUAUCUUUUUUGUAGCUUUCAAUUUUUUGCUUUUAAAUGUUUUAAAAAUAUAUUUUAAAAUGUGUCUAUUUUUUUUUUUUUUUUUACAUAUACCAGUACUGUAUUUUUUGUCUUAAGUCCAACUUGUUUUAAAUAAAAUGUAAUAAAAUCAGAGCAUUAUUAAAAAACGGAACUGAAAACUAAGUAUUAUUAUAGUUUUCAUUUUAAUACUAUGUGCAUAUGAGUGCAGAUUUUUAAAAUAAAAGUC